UUUUGAGAUGGCUGCAAAAUCUUCAGAGACGUACUCUGUGGCUAUUUAUGACGACAUAGGAGAAGCGCUGUGGUCCACGAGGGGUGAAAGCAGAAUGGCAUAUCGACUGUUAGCCACAAUGCCUCAAGGAGUGCGCUUAAUCGUGAAAAACCUAUCUGAACCGUCGGAAUCAGAUUCGAGCGUAGCCCUCGACGAAAGAGAAAUGUGGCACGAAUAUUUGCAACCCAAGAGUCCAUUGCGGGGGCUAGUGAAAGACGUAUGCGGUCGUGAAGUAAGAAAAGAGCUCUUAGUGGCAAGAAACGACUUCGUGCUCGAGGUUGCCGAGUAUCGAAAACCGUAUGAACCUACUGCUUCUCCUGAUGAAACGGUUAGCACAAUCAAGAAGAAAAGCUCUGGCGCCAGUAAACAAACUGGGUCCGCCACUGAGUGUUCAUCUAGAUGACAACGCCGGUUCAAUUCUACCGGGUAGUUGAUUUUCUGUUGCGGCUCUAGUCUAGAUUGUGUUGUGGUAUAGACAUGUUUCGUCGUCACCAAACCAACAAUAUGUUACCGCGGUGUAUAUCUAUCGUUAUCUAUAUAUUCUAACUAGCGUUCUCUCUUGUGUUCGAGACCUUUUUACGUACAAAUCCUCUAUGCAUGCAGUUUUGCCGUCGAGUUCACAAUACCUAAA